CGCCGCCGCCGCGCCCGCCGAGCCGGAGGAGGCGGAGCUGGCGCUGUCCGGGCUCCGGAGCUGGGGAGGCAGCCGGGGAGGCGGCCCGGGCGGGGCGGCGAGGCAGGCUGGGCGCUCCCGGCGAGAGGAGUCCGCUCCAUGCGCGCGGGCCGAGCCCGGCCCCUCCGAGCCGGCGACAUGAAGAAAGACGUGCGGAUCCUGCUGGUGGGAGAACAGUUGGGAAGACGUCAUUGAUUAUGUCUCUGGUCAGUGAAGAAUUCCCAGAAGAGGUUCCUCCCCGAGCGGAAGAAAUCACCAUUCCAGCUGAUGUCACCCCUGAGAGAGUUCCAACUCACAUCGUCGAUUACUCUGAAGCAGAACAAAGUGAUGAGCAGCUUCAUCAAGAAAUAUCACAGGCAAAUGUCAUCUGCAUAGUUUAUGCUGUUAAUAACAAACAUUCGAUUGAUAAGGUAACAAGUCGAUGGAUUCCUCUCAUAAAUGAAAGGACAGACAAAGACAGCAGGCUGCCUUUGAUAUUGGUUGGGAACAAAUCUGAUCUGGUGGAAUAUAGUAGUAUGGAGACCAUCCUUCCCAUUAUGAACCAGUACACAGAGAUAGAAACCUGUGUGGAGUGCUCCGCAAAAAACCUGAAGAACAUAUCAGAGCUAUUUUAUUAUGCACAGAAAGCUGUGCUUCAUCCUACAGUGCCCCUGUACUGCCCGGAGGAGAAGGAGAUGAAGCCAGCUUGUAUAAAAGCCCUUACUCGUAUAUUUAAAAUAUCGGAUCAGGAUAAUGAUGGUACUCUCAAUGAUGCUGAACUCAACUUUUUCCAGAGAAUUUGUUUCAACACUCCAUUAGCUCCUCAAGGUCUGGAAGAUGUCAAGAAUGUAGUUCGAAAACAUAUAAGCGAUGGCGUGGCUGACAGCGGGUUGACACUGAAAGGUUUUCUUUUUUUACACACACUUUUUAUCCAGAGAGGGAGACAUGAAACCACGUGGACUGUGCUCCGACGAUUUGGUUAUGAUGAUGAUCUGGACUUGACACCUGAAUAUUUAUUCCCCUUGCUAAAAAUACCUCCUGAUUGCACUACUGAAUUAAAUCAUCAUGCAUAUUUGUUUCUCCAAAGUACCUUUGACAAGCAUGAUUUGGAUAGAGACUGUGCUCUGUCCCCUGAUGAGCUCAAAGAUUUAUUUAAAGUUUUCCCUUACAUACCUUGGGGGCCAGAUGUGAAUAAUACAGUUUGUACAAAUGAAAAAGGCUGGAUAACCUACCAGGGAUUCCUUUCCCAGUGGACGCUCACCACCUAUUUAGAUGUGCAGCGGUGCCUGGAGUAUUUGGGCUAUCUCGGUUACUCAAUAUUGACCGAGCAGGAGUCUCAAGCUUCAGCCAUUACAGUGACAAGAGAUAAAAAGAUAGACCUUCAGAAAAAACAAACCCAAAGAAAUGUGUUCAGAUGUAAUGUCAUUGGGAUGAAAGGCUGUGGCAAAAGUGGAGUUCUUCAGGCUCUUCUUGGAAGAAACUUAAUGAGGCAAAAGAAAAUUCGUGAUGAUCAUAAAUCCUACUAUGCAAUCAACACUGUUUAUGUGUAUGGACAGGAGAAAUAUUUGUUGUUGCAUGAUAUCUCAGAAUCGGAGUUUCUAACUGAGGCUGAGAUCAUUUGUGAUGUAGUGUGCCUGGUAUAUGAUGUCAGUAACCCCAAAUCCUUUGAAUACUGUGCCAGGAUCUUUAAGCAACACUUUAUGGACAGCAGAAUACCUUGUUUAAUCAUAGCUGCAAAGUCAGACCUGCAUGAAGUUAAACAAGAAUAUAGUAUUUCACCUACCGAUUUCUGCAGGAAACACAAAAUGCCUCCACCACAAGCCUUCACUUGCAAUACUGCUGAUGCACCCAAUAAAGACAUCUUUGUUAAACUGACAACGAUGGCCAUGUACCCAAACAGACUCUCCCGAGACAUGGGCAACACUGAUAGAAUAGAGCAUUUGAGAAAAAUCUGGGUCUUUCUAAAAACUGCUUUCCAUGCCCGGUUACGCUGUAUGUGCACCUGCAACAGGUGUACAUUUUGCAUCUGUCAGAACUUCCUCAACUCAGACUUGCUGCAAUCUGUAAAGAACAAAAUCUUCACUGCAGUUCUUAACAGGUUAAGAGCCCAGGUAGCCGAGUGGGGUGCCAUGCUGUUAGCAGACGCCGAGGGCAGUAUUACCCACCAGGUGCACGCCGUCAACUCCGUCGAAGAGUCCAUCUUCAUGGAGUCAUCUCGUGGUCCACUUUUUCUUGAAGCCAGGCACGUGACACAAGCUGACCUCAAGAGCUCCACGUUUUGGCUUCGAGCAAGUUUUGGUGCUACUGUUUUUGCAGUCUUGGGCUUUGCUAUGUACAAAGCUUUAUUGAAACAGCGAUGAUUAAAAAAAAAAUUACUGGCCCUACCAAAAAAUAAAGCAAAUAAUUUUGUGUACAUUCUGAAUGCUUUAAAUUCUGCUAGAAAUAUUGAGAUAUUUAUACAUGCAGAGUUACUUUAUUAAUAUUUGUAAUUCAUGCAUAAGAGUAUUUUAAUGAUAGUUAUAACUGCAGUAUUGGCUAGCAUAUGGAAAGAAAACAGCUUAACAGCCAAACUAAAAUGGCUAAAUUUCAGAGGCCAAAAGGGAAUAUUUUGUAAAUAAUGUACAUAUUCAAGCAAGAUACGGUCUCCCAGACUGAGUUCUAGAAAGGAUGUUUCCAGAUGUUUCUACAUGGCAUUGUCAGUGCUCAGUUGGCUCACUCUCCUAGGUUUAAGUCCGCUCGGAGAUUGUAUUUACUCAUGGAUUGCUUAUUUAUUUCACAUUUACGCUAAACGAUCCUUUGGGUUCUUUAAGUACAUGAGGCGCAAUUUGCCAUUUUCUCUCCAUUUUUAAAAAUAAAUGAGUCAGUGUCCACUUACCAACACAGUUUUCUUUUAGUCACUUAUGGUAGGCCAGCCACGAAGCCAGAAGCCAGGGAGCCGGGACCAGCGGGAGCCGGGCCAGGCUCUCCCUUCAGGAAGGAGCAAGCCCCGGCCCUUAGCAGUGGUGUCACCUAGGAGAUUAUGUUGCUUCCUUUAUCAGUAUGUUGACUUUUAUAACCCUUUCAAUCAAAUGAGGAAAAAAAACAAUUUGUAUAUUAUCAAUGUUUUUAGUUUAAAUAAACAGUCAUCAUUACGACUAUUAAAUUUCUUCCCAAAGUGUAAAAUCCUUCUAUAAUGGCUGUGUCUAUGAUAGCAUAUCACAGUAACUGCAUGUGUUAUGAAGUGUUCUCUCUGGCUAGGAUAACCUAGAAGCAGCACUUUUUUUAAUGGUAAAAUAAAUCUAACGAAUAUAAACUCAUGAUAAACCUAUUUUUUCCAUCAUUGACCUUUUCAAGUAUUUAAAUAAAUAAUUGCUGUGUACUGUGA